CAUGACCAACGCUAUCACUAUACACAGAAGUAGUCUAGUAGUACUAGCGUUAUAACUCACUUUAGAAAUAACACGAAUGAACGAUAGCGCGAGAUUAUUAGAGUAUUUCCAUUAGAAUUGGAGGCGUACAUCAAAAACAAUGCCGGAAGCAUCCGCCUCGGCCGUGAUGGCUCCUCCGCCGAAAGGGAGAGGGAGCAACAGCAAACAGGAGAAACUUCUUAGCGCAGGCAGUGGAAUCUUCGCGGGGACCUCAUCGUUAAGAAUUUCCUGUUUUAUAUUUGAUGUCUCCCAAUUUUUUGAGAUUGAGAGUCUUCAUUAUAGUAUAAGAGUCUCUUGACUCAAUCAGCCCCAACCUUAUUUACCAAUGCCAUCGUGUCUACAAAGAACACCUUGUCGUGUUGGCAUCUAAAAAGAGCAUCACGACUGAUAUAUCAAACACCAUCUUUCUUCACUGCGUGACUGCUGGCAAAAUGAAUAUCACCACAAAAGGAUCUUCUUCAUCAACGUCUUCGAGUCAUGAUCUCUCUCUAACGCCACCACUGAGUGACUGUCUACUGCCGCUUAAUUCGGGAGAAUCAUUGGCACCCAUCUGCUAUGCCCUCCGAUGCGCGUGUAGGGAUCCCUCAUUGGAACUCGAAAGAGCCUUCGAAUGCGAAGUGACACCUUUUAUGAAGAUUUCCGUAAUUGUACGAAGGGAGAUUCCUCAUUCUCCUGGAUAGCUUUUCCCAUUUCCUCUAGGUGUACUGGAGCUAGGGGAUAGCUUUUCCUCUACCAAUGCGAAGUGACUCCUUUUAUGAUGUGAAGUGGCACCUUUUAUGCAGCAAAUUUCCAUGCAAAGAAAUGCAUGAAAAAAAUUGUUGUCCGUGGUGUACAGGAAAAUCUCCGUAAUUGUACGAGUGCAAGAGAGUGGAUAGUAGAUGAAUGGUACGAAGGCAGAUCAUUCUUCAUCCUUCCUGGUGUCCUGUAGAUGUAGUUUGCGUGUUGUGCUUACUAGAUGAUAGCUUUUCAGCCCCACUAGGCUAGUGGGAGCUACUGUCAAGAAGAUAUCCCCUGGAUAGCUUUUCCAUCCCCCGUAGUUUAGUAGGUGUGCUGUACCUCUUCCUCUACCAAGAAAGCCAAAGUGUCAAGUGAUGCUCCGCAUAUUUGUUAUCAGCAUCUUCUAUUUUUAACUACUACAACGAACUAGAAAUAAAACUCCGAGCACUUCUGGGGCUGGCACUAUCAAAAACUAGAAGUAUUCGAAAACUCAAAAUAAACGAGUUACUGACCGAAAUAAGAGAGUCUUGACAACAUUGGUUCCUCUCCUUUCAGUAUCUCCCUUAUUUUCAGUUAGUUAUCGUUUCUAAGUCCUCACUAGUACGAGACUUCGGUCGUAAAGCGAUAUCAGACUCCGGAAACCCGGUAAAAAUAGUUCAGGGGUACAUUUUGGGCAGCGAAUUUCGCGGUAACUUGGAUUAUGAUGGUUUACGAUAUAAGCGAUAAGAGAGACGUUGAAGUAAGUGGAUAAUGAUGAUGAUGAUGUGGCUGGUUUUUUCUUAGUACCCUUCACACACAGCUCCAUUAGGAGCGAAGAUUGCUUCGAAUGCGAUGCUCUAGCACAUGAUCUACAUGUAGCUCACGUUUUACCUUUUUUCCUGUCCAAUUAAGAUUAUCGAGGAAAAAACAAAGUGAUAUCGCCCUAAUUCUACUAAAGUGAUAGAGAUUCUGUUCUUAUGCGUGGCAGGUCAGCCUCUACGUCUGACUGAGAUGGUAUUCGAAAGAAAUCGGAUGUGCGUUGUGGAUAAUCGAGUAGCCACCUUACUACAAAGAACAUAGUACAUCUAACAUCGUAUUUACUAAAAUUACAACCCUUGUCCUUCUUGCAGCUGGUUCUAAUCAAAACGCGUUGCGAAAAAUGGGUUCAAACCAAGGGAUGCUGUGAAGAUACAUGUCGGCAACAUCGCUCAACUUGUCAAGGGAGAUAUCAUGAACACACCUGUCGACGUUUCAAAGGAAUUAUGGCAUCCUCUGUUUCGUCUUGCUAGUAGCUUAGGAUGGCUACUUGAGGCGCCACGAUGAUGAUCAAGAAGGCGAGGAUUAGAAUGAAGAAUGUUGUAGUUACUUAGCUUAACUUUCACGCUGUAUGUAAGCUCUCUGGCUCGUCUCUGUCUGCUUCAAUUUACUUUAUCUUUUCUGUAAGCUUUCCUUCCUGAUUAAGUGCGAUCACACUGCUGGCAUGUAAUGUAUUGACUUAGUCUAGCUCUUACACUCUUGUGCUGUCUUUUUCUUUGCGUCUGUGAAAUGCGUGCUCUACUCUUUGCGCCCACCCCAGCUGGUGCGUCGAACGAUUCGAAAAAUUUGUAAAUUGUAAAUUGUAAAAUAGAAGGUGAGUAUGAAGACUAGUAAAGAUUUUGAGUCUAUUAUGGCGAUGGCAUACGAUUACUUUUGCAGAUGGUUACAAAUUGGCUUUUGAAAAAUUUCAUUAGCUAUUUUCUAUAGAUAGUUAAGGUAGUUAAGAUAGCUAGUUAAGAAAGCCGCAGGGGAGAAGGCUGCAGUGCUGCUGGAGCAAGUGAAGAGCGAAUCGAUCAGGGGGUUCGCCAGUGGUCCGAGUGAGCCCAAGAUUGAGAUGGGGGAGAAGCUGCAGCUUCAUGGAGCUCCAUGCUGUGGAUUCGGGUCAGAACGCUUAGGACUUUUGCUGCAAGGUGUCCAAAGAUGAAGCCGCUGCACUACGUGUCCUUCUCCUAUGAUAGUACUUAGACCAUGGCGAGCACUUGCAACAUCUAGAACUAGACAAGUAACCCGCUGGCGAAGCCUGUUGAUCAACUUGCUCGUCGUAUCGUGAAUGUAGCAAGAAGUUCAGCAGCUAGUCGAUGGGGCCUCAUCUAUCGCCCGAUCUUCAUAGUGCUCGCAAACAGACGAGAGAAAACCUGAGAGAGAUGAAGAGACAACAAGAAGGAUCGAAGAAGACACGACGAGGACGAGGCAGCUGGGAAGAAGAUGGUCCUAGUUGGUGAUAGGCUGGCUGAAUUAUAUUGGUUUGAUUUUGAUGACGAUUCUACUCACGACCUACGAUGCUCAUGAAAUGCAUGGAAGAAAAGUCAAAAGCUUAAGGUAAACCUUUGAGGGAGUAGAAUAAGGAUAGUCGCUACUAGACCACACAACGAGAGACCAACAAAAUGCCAGCCAACAAGAAGUCACUCGACACCUAUGAGAAGAAUUUGGAUGCUGAAGCAGCUAAGAAAACUCUCGAGGCUGUGAGUCUUGAGAUAGCUGUCUUGGAAAAGCGUCGUGACGCGCUGAAUGCUGAGGCUGGUGGUUAUUGUGCUGCGCACUUGUUAUCGAAACGCAACUACGAAGGGAAAUCGAGUGCGUCAAUCUUUAUGCUGAUUUAGAGUCUUUAGAUAAUUUAGAUUUAAAUUUAUGACUUCAGCAAAUUUAGCGGAACGACUGCAAGGCUACUCCUUCAAGAACUGGAUGAAGAGCCUUAUGCUUGUCCAAUAGUAAUUCACUACAUGGCCUUCAAUUUAAUACCUCCCUCCCAGAAGAUCGCAAUCCUUCUCCCACAGCCUUGAUGGAUUUGGACUUGAAAGAAAUGCGCGAGCUUGUUGCUGCACUUUCCAAGCAGCGCCAGUCUGAAGUCGAAACCAAGAUGACUGAUAAGGAGCAGCUUCGCUGGUUCUUGGAAGGACUCAACGAAGAUCGCCCGAAGAAGCAGGCAUCGCAAAUGUUAGAGCUCAACCUUAGACAGUGUGGGCGCUAAGUAAGACGUUGAGAAAAGGAAACUGGAAGAGACUUCCGAUCUUCAGACCCUGGCGCUAUGCCUUGGCUUCGUCCUACUUUGGCAAGCAUCUUCCUACAAUUUCGCGGGCUUUCACAGCUGGACUUUCAUAACUCGUAACUUCUCUUGUCGCGACAGCUGGCGGUGGGAGAAAGCCAGCACGCUCAAGGGAGGCACAUGUCGCACGAGUAUCCUACCAAGGUUCACAGGAACUUGUGCCAGCAGAUGCCCAAUGCGCACAAGGUGAAGACGACGUCUGCUGCUCGUAACAUGGUUGGCAUCAUGCAGCAACAACAGAUGCAGAACCAGAGCCGCUCCCUGCAUGCGUUGAUGGGCGGCUAUGGCGGAAUGGAUAUGAACCCGAUGGGAAUGAUGUCCCAGCUCUUCGGAAUGAACCCCAUGGCAAUGAACCAGUCUAACCACUUGGCAACUGGUGACGGCUCCGCGGCCACGGUAUAGAAGUUAGAAGAUUUAGAUUAUUUAGAUUCAUCACGAAGACCACGACCUACUAUUUUGUGCUCAGAUUGAGUUGAUGAAAAGUGCUUAUCUAUAAACCUUGAGAAAGCGGCUUGCUUCUUAAUCAACAUCCUCCACAGUUUUCUUUUACCCUCCUUAAGCCCAUCCUCGUGCGCUUUCCAACUGUAACAGGUCAAUCCGCCGGCCCCCAACGUUCAAGCUGCAUCUUCCUCUUCUUCCUCCAGUGCGGCGCCUGCGAUUCCAUUGCCGCAGCUUGCUGCUCCUCAAGCGUCCUCUUCGAGCUCCUCCUCCGUCGCUAACCCAGCCACCGAUGGCAGUGCAGAGGUCCCACAGCCGGCGCCCAAGCGUCGCGGCCGUGGAGGAGGGCGCGGCGCUGCUGCUAAGCAGCCGAAGCUCGAGUAAGAGUCUAUGACGAUGCUCCUCAACACAACGCCACGCUGUGACGGUGUCGCGGGGAGCUAGAUCUGCGGUGGACUGUGGUUGGGGUGUAGCGGAAGUCUCGACGAAGUUAGAAGACCCUAGGCAACGACUUCUAUAGCAUGAACAAGCUUUGACACAAUGACUAACCCAUAGAAGCCACAGCUACUUGGGAACUAUUGAGAUAUCUAUUUGAACCUUACAGCUUCAGUCUUGGGGUCGAAAUAUCUGAUGUUAUCUAGUUUCCAUUUACAACAUUUAGCAGAUUGGUUGACUCCUCAAGUACUAAGAUCCAUUUUUGUGAUGUAGGUAUUUUCAAGUUUCAGCUUUCUUGUCUACAGCAUCUUCCUGCCAUCAAUUAGCUCGGUUUUUCAGUUUUCUAAGGUAUUGGCUAACGAUCUCGAUCUUUCCAUACUGUCAGCGAUUUUCUCCUUCGGGAGUUUCUACUAAGUCACGCGAAGUCUUACGGUGUUUUGAAUUGAACAUGAAGCGCAUGGAUAUACAUGCCACGUUGCAAGGGCUAGCUCUUCAUAAAGAAACCACUCGACGCGUGUCGGCAGCUGCGUCUUAUCAUGCACUGCAGAAACCAUUUCGCAACUUUUGACGUUUCACCCAGAUGACAAGCAUCCAUAAAUAAGAAACCAAAUUGAUACUCGACGUUUCUGGUGGUUCUCGCCGUCGAUGCGUCGUGUCUGCACCAAGAUAAGGGCUUCGAAAAGAUACGGCCGGAGUGCAUGUCGAGCGAAGUGAGUGAGAGCCAAUAAGAGCUGGCAAAAGAUGAAAGCUCUUCGAAAUCGGCCCAAAGAAAGCAGCCUGUCGAAGAUGGAGAAAGUGGCUUGCUCUGGUGGGUCUGCUACUUAUUGAGGACUCUACUAGGAAUCUCGAGGGUCUUCUCAACAUGUUGUAGGAAAUAUAAAAGCGGCUCUUCUUAGCAGAUAGAAAACGAAGAGACAGAACGUCACCGAAGUGCUCUCAUCUUAAUAGCAUGGACCUCCGUGCCCGGAGUCUUCCGCUGCGGACUCGUGUCAUGUGGCACGAGAUUCAGCUUGAUCCAGUAAGUGGAGGGCACGCCUUCCGUUUGAAGUGGGCACUUCCUGGCGACGGAAACAACGGAGUGAAAAUGUGCAAGAAGGUGCGCAAAGGUCUGAGCGAUGAGCACACUCAUGUCGCGGAACCAAAGCUCGAUGGAUCUGCAGCGGACUUGGUGCUAUGUUUAUGAGGAUGAUCCUUGUUGGAAAUAAGUCACGUAGCGCUUAUCUAUAACAUCUUAAACCUGGAGCAAUUUGAGACAUGUUCACCUGCAAUCGAAGAACUAGUAGACUGAAUACAGAGAGACUACCACUGAGAUCCUCAGGAAUAACCUAACCUCUACACGCAGCAACAACAUCCACGAACGUCCUCUAGGUCAGCGCCCUCUUGUGCCGCAAGCUCAAGGCGACCGACGCAGAGUGGGCAGCGUUUGUCGCUGGCUGUCCUUUUCGGGAUCUCAUCCUUCACGUCGAUCGCAUGAACAGAGAAGACACCAUCGAGAGUCUGAAGGCUUACGUGGAUCAACAAAUCCGCAACAAGAAGCCGAAAGUCGCAUGAGUUACGGACGCCACCUCGCUGCAGGUAAGAGGGUAAUGAGAGCGCCACUUUACAGACUUCCUUGCGCUUAAGCAUGCAAAUGGCCGCCCUACCUACUUUUCACAUGAAAAGAACUGGCGACCUUCUUGUAGUGACCUCUAGAGACGAUCCUUCUCCUUCUCCUUAAAAUCAUCCCAGAGACGCUGCUUGUCGUUGUGGUCGUUGGCUCAGAUGAAGCCUCGGCUCUUGACGCAAGAGCCCAACGACGUUAGCCGCUUCCUGCUCCAAUUCUUCGAGGUGGAGAAGCUGCCAGACCCGAAGCAACAUUUCUGGAUCAACUACGACUACUCCACAAUUCGUAAGAAGAAGAUGUGGGCGGGGAGUGUACUAGUUAGAGUCUUGGUCUACUAGAUGAGCUGCUACAUGGAAAAUUCUACAAGACAGAAAGUGACUCAGCUGCGAAUCAAAAUAGCAACCAAAUGGCGAAGACUCUACUUGUCAAAUGACUUUCAACUAGCCUCUUCUUGCUUCUAUCUCUAAUCUCCAUAAAUACCAUCUCCAGACUUAUUUCGUUGAGAAUAUUGCGAUGGCGCCGCAGCCGCAGCUGGAAGAGACCCACGCUCUUCCUCUGCCAAUGCAAGAAGCGUUUCAGGGGUUCUCGAAGAACCGCAAGACACGUGACGCAACCAAGUAUAGCGUUUCGGCGUGCCAGCUUUUCUUCGACUGGUGCUUCGGUAAGGGAGUGUCUGACUUGGUGCAUCAUGAUCCUCUAGCUACAACAAUCGAGAACGUUUCACUGCGGGAAUGGGAGGUGGUUUCUGAUGGUAGUCACAGCUUGAGCGUGGAGCUUCAUGCGAUGGCCGACCAAGGAUCUGCAGAGGCGUGCGCCCUUCAAGUCUUGUUCCAGUUCUAUGGUGGCGCCUUCGCUUUACCGCCGGCACAUCGUUUAUCUAACGACUGCAAGAACCUCAUCGAAGCCGUCACUGCAGCUGCUGCUGGUUGGCGUCGCUUUGCCAUGGGCCCCAGAGGUUCUCGUGAAAAUCAAUCGAAGUUUGGCGAGGCCAUCAAGGACCUUCGUGCUAUGGCGGCAGAUCCAGAUCGUGCUCACCCACCUGGUUGGCGCUGGAAAUCGGCUAUGAUGAGCCAAAUGCAGAAGCCAGCCGUGUCUGAAGCGCUGCAGGGUGGUACUUAUGCAUCCGCUUGAUUCUCUCCUUAAGCUUAGAGUGGAUCUCUGACGUUUCUCUAUUUGAUUCAUGUAGAGUCUCUUCUUCAGUUUUUUCUUUCUCAACAUUCACUCUCUCCCAUGAUUUCUUCAAGUUAUGUUGAUUAUUUUGAGGUGUAACUGGAAGCAAAUCCAACCUGAACACCCACGGAGCUAUCGACUACUUUCAAAAGUAAUCGGAUGCCUUUUUGCAGAUGAUUACUUUUGAGGGGGGGGGGUUAGAGGGGUCCCAAAGAGAAACAAAUGGGAUGUGUAUUGGCCAGAUCCUUAUGCUGGUUCCCUUCAUAUAAUCAACCUAAACAGCUAGUUCCCUCCUUAAGAUUCCACACUUCGCGCUUCGUGGCAACCAACAAAGUCCAACUUGGCACCAUCUUCAGCAUGCGGAAUCGUCCACGUCGGCACAAACGCCCGUUGGUUUCGGGAAUAUCUCUUCAGCAAGUCCAUGCAAUUUGAGCACUACAAGGCUCGGCUUGUGUUGGACCACAUGAAGAAGGGCGAGAAACUGGCUCGACCUGCUCGCGUUGUUGCAAGUGGGGACUUGGAUGGCGAAGGUCGUGUUCGUGAAGUUGUUCCGGAUUCUGAGGAUGAAGAUGGGCCACAAGCUCCAUCGUCUUGGCUUGGUUAUGCUUCGGAUUACGAUCGCAUCCUAUCCGAUGCUUCAGGACUAGACUAUGGCGCGAUCUUGUCGAUUUGCGCUUCGCACUACGAGUUGCGCAACCUCAUCGAAGGUCUAGCCAGUACCAAGUGCAACGAGAAGGUGUUCGAUACUCCUGACAAGCUGCGAGUCGGAGCGAAGUUUCUCGGUGGUGGUUUGACUGCUGACUCCACGCUCACAGUGCCACAAAUUCAGGAACGCUUAUCGAAUCGUCGCGCCGAUAAUUGGCGCACGCUGUUCCUCGAUGUAGCAAUAGCUUCAAGAGCUUCUGACACGGCGUUGCUGGCUAGUAAGCGGGUCCUGGCGAACGUGAUCAACAACUACUUCGUGGAUGUGUGGGAUCCUCAAUUUGGUCUUCUCGAGACCUACGCUCGUGGCGACAUCAAUCCUACAGCAGAAGAUGCCAAGCGUGUUGCCGCUCUGUGUCCUUACAUCUUAUCGAUCACAGCAAAGAGAGGUCUUCGCUGCAUCGUCGAGAAUAAGCGCACGCUCCUCCUUCGCUACGUCAACAACCGGAACGCGUCGAUGCCUCUGUUCGAGAAAGACAGCGAGAGCUGCUGGAAGGAGAAGAAAGCGCAAGAAGCACUUUGGUGCUCAUCUUCUACUAGCAUGUGGAGCAAGCAGAUGAGUAGAAUCGUCGUCAUGCACACGCACAGCCGCUACAAGUGUCCAGUCAAAGAAGACAAGAAGACGCAACCAAUACCAUAUGAAGUUGUAGAGAAGCUUGCCACUGAGGCGGUCGCGAACGGGCGCGAACCUGAUGUCAUGAAGGACCUGCAAGAUCUACACAUCGAGACGCAGCGCAGACAGGCGGGAACCAGGGGUAGGAUGACAGACGAGACGCAUACGCUGAAGGACAUGAUGGCAAAACGCUGGAAGACAGGAAUUGCUUCUGCGAAGAGUCAGGCUGUGCAGCGCGUCGCCCAUGACCCGAAGGAGUUCAAGAGCUAUCAAGCUGAGAACAUGGGCUUCCGUGGUGUGCAGGUGAAGACGAUCUAGGAGAACCACUGGCAGGAUAAAGAAGAGCUUCGCUUCUGGGUCUCGAUCAGCAAACGCGUUGCGGAGGAGCGCCAUCUAACGAAGAAGAGCGAGCUGGUGCUUCGCAGUCCAGAAUCAGGUCGGCACUGCUAUGCGACGCGUUUCUAUGAUGAUCAUGCGUGGUGGCAGGGAGUUGAGGUGAUGCAUGAUGUAGACAGCAACACUCUUCAUCUGCCAGCUCGUGGUCAGGAUCUUGUAAUCACUGGUGGUCUUCUCGGGAAAAUGGACAUCUACGACGGCCAAAUCCAGGAGCGUCGAGACUCGAAGAGUGGAGGCUUCUCGUUGCAUAUCAGUGGAAGUCUUUUCAUCACUUCCCGCAGCGUCUCGGAGGCAUUCUUCUGCGCGAUGUCAAUAGAAGCGCAGACUUCAGCACUGAAUCAGCUCACCAAGAGAUACCCAGACGUCAGCCGACAUGAUCUCCGAGCCGUUGGCCCAAAAGAGCGCCAACAAGCCUUCAUCAACUACAACAAAGGAGCUCUUCCCAACAGCUGGAGCCUCACGAUGCGGGAGCUUGCAACUCCAACGAAGAGAAUCAUGCAGCGUGGUGGCGUAGACUCUUUGAGCCCGGAGCGCAAGCGAACUGCCCACAACUUCCUGACAAGCGCCCGAGCAGGUCGUCCACCAGGUCCGAUGAGCCCAGAUGCUGUCGUGAACAAUCAUCAACGUCAGGCGCCUCGCUUCGUCUACUCAGUCAGAGAGCAUCAAGACAUGGUCAGCUUGCUCGACGUGCCCCGCGCAUAUGCCGAACUUCGCAGCCAUCGCUGCAAACAAGGCGCACUUGCAGACCGUAUCAGAAUUCACUGGCAACCUUCUGGCUAUCGUCCUACCUAUGCCAAGCUGGCGCCAGAAAUCGACGCAACCGGAGACGUAGAAAGCAAGAUCAUCAGCAGUCUUCUUCCUUACAUCGUUGGGGAGUUCAACUUGAAGAGAGACGAAGUAGUAGUCAUGCGAGUCGAUGAAGACAGCUUCGAGUUCGGUGAUGAGGAGCAAGUUGAUACUCCCGAUGCUUUCUGGACUGACAUCAAGCAGAUGAGAGACCGACGAGGCCGAGCCGCCAAUGCAGCUCGUCAGAGACAACAAGAAGCGGCGUCUUCAACCUCAACAGCUGCGAAAAAAAUCCCAGUGAUGAAAACGAUGACGAAAACAAAGAAGAACGAGCCUUCCACUUCUUCAAAAAAAUAAAUUGUCUUAUUUGGUUUAUCAUCUUCAUUUCAAUCAUUAUUAUUCUUGUUUGGAUCGAAAAAAUAACGAUCACUCUUGACAGUAUGGAAAGACUGAGAUCAUAAGUAAUCAAGCUGCUCAUAACAUGAAACGAAUGAAGCAGCGUGUUUUAAUUUCUACUGGAGCGCUAAGAUUUAACUUCGAUACUUUGUCAUAACUUAUCUAGGAAUGUUUAAGCACGGCACUCAAAUCGAUAGCGUCACACAAUUAGCCUAAUCAUUUUACUCAUCUUCGUAUCCUAGUAAGACUCCAGUGCGUUCAUUCCACUGAUAUAAUAGACAUUAUGACUCAGGUAGUAGAACAUAGCGCAGCUUUUCAACUCUGUACAGUUAUGCAACAAAUGAAAACAGAGCACCCUAUGCAUCAAGAAGAACCACGUCAGUCAUCUUAAAGCUCAUUUGUUAUUAUCAUUAGGCAAGUCUUUUUCGAUCAUUCACUGAAUGCAACAGAUAUGAGUAGCAUCAUUUUCGUCCCUAUCGAUGUUGAUUCUUCGCGACUUACUUCUAUCAGGUGCUUUCUCCAAUUCUUCUCGGAUAAUCGUCUCCACCCGGCUCCCAAACAAAUGACCCACAGGAACAUAAAACGACUCCAAUACUCCCGACUUAAUUGCACGGACGCCAGGCGCGUCGGCGUAUAUGGAGAGAAUAGCUCUGCCCCGAUCUUUGUUUGACCUGAACGCUUCUUGUAUUGGAAGUAGUUGCAGGAUAAAGAUUCUCAGGGCAGACGGGCUGCACGAAAGUGAAGAAGAGAACUGUGGGAGCCAGUGCGGAUCUCUCUUUAACUACCAGCAGGCACUUAGCAAAGAGAGUAGAGGAGAAGAGUGCUUGGAGUCUGAGAUGUAGCCCUCCUCCACCAGUACCCGCAUCGGUACAAAUGCUGUCCCAUGUAGUUGCGUCCUCUCAUGUGAUUCGCCAGAGUCGCCUGCUCUCGCGUGUAGCAUCAAGAUGUCAAAGUCCUUAGCCUCGUAGUUUUCUCCGUUAGCCCUAUGGAUUUGAGUUAAGAGCUCUACAGUUUUAUCAGAUGCAGCUGGUUGAUGUUCGUGAUCGCAUCCGAAUCAAAAUGAAGGAUUAGGAUACCGUCGUAGGCAUACGCGUAGCGCGAUGCUCUCUCCUCGAACUAUUCGCCGCACUAGGACCUUCUCUUGCACACGCAGGGACCGGGCAGGAAUCGCCGCAAUGGAAAUAUCUCCAUCGAUCGGGCCAAACUCUGUUUCCCGUGGGACGUAUCGAACUGAUGAGUCUGCUAGUACUUUGAGGAAACGUCCUCUGAAAGUUUUCUCUAUCAAUGACUGCGGAGUAGACGCCGUGACGGUCAGCAGCUGCCGCUCGUCUACACCUACUCCUUCAGCAUACAACGCUAGCAGAUGCUGUCGCAGUUGGGUCUGGGAGAAGUUGUACUGCUUGGCAAAUGGCUCCCAUUGGGAAUAGGAUCGCGCUUGGUGUAUUUGUAUGCAGAUGAUUUCGUUCUUGUUGUGAUAUGAGAAGCCAAGUAGUACUACUCCAUGCAAUUCUUGUCGUCUAUGUUGAACUACGUGUCUUAAUUUCCUGGCCCAUGCGAGGUCCCUCUGAGUUGUUGACUUCAGUUGGCACAAGAUCCACCGACCGCUAUCUUCUAUGGAGCUGCCAGCUUCGUCCGUUGGAAUUAUAGCGAAAUCGCUCAGGCAUUCUGGUGCGUUCUGAAUUCGAAACGAGUGAGAUAAGAUUUAUCUAGUUCAGCUCUACAUAGAGCCUCGAUGCUCCUCGGACGAGUUCCCAUAUUCUAAAGGAAUAAAAAUGAGCGAAAGCCUCUGUUGCAUAAAUGAAACCAAUCUGCUCGAUCGUUUUUGCAUAUUCGAGAGAGUCCACUCCUUUUUUUGCAUCGUAGUGCACCAGGAUAGCAGGGCAGACUUCUCUGACAUCUCAUCGCCUUCGUCAGUGGUUGUUCGUUUACUCUCUUCACAGGGUCAGCUCCCUCCUAUCUUCUCUCCAUGGUUUUGUAGUAAACUAUUUUUUGUCUUCUUCUCUCGAUUGAUGGCUUUAGUGACAUGCUCUCGACCCUCAAAAUGAAUAGACCAGCUGUCUUCUAGGUAGAUGAUGUUGCCCCGCUCUUGUCCUAAAACAUGUCCUGCGGCGAAGGGUUCGGCUCCUGCUGACGACGUUCCGACCCGAAUCCACGACCAGCCGCCCAUAAAGAUCCACCUUCUACUACGUGGCAAGCUCAGGGUCUCUUGGACCUCUUAUGAAACCCCUGAUCUGUUCGCCCUGCUCUUCGUCCAGCAGCGCUGCAGCAUUCUCCCCUGCGGCAUUAACCUAUCUUAACAUUAACUAGCUACUUAAACUAAAUUAACUAGUGAAUGAAAAAUUUAAAAAUCGAUUUGUAACUGGAUGCAAAAGUAAUCGUAUGCCAUCGCCAUAUCUAUAUGAUUAGAAUUAAUGUUUAUGUUACUGAUGGCGCAGUUUAUAGCACGAAUGGCGCAUGGGACGAAGGGCAUGAAUGGCACACCCCAACAAACCCCAAAUGUGUCACGAAUGGCACGAAUGGCACAGGUUGACAGGGUUCCGCCAGCUGGCGCCCCUGGUCUCAUCCGCUUGCCGAGGAUGUAGGUGGUGCGUAGCUGCUGACUCCGCCCAUGAGAGAAGCCACGCCGGUCGACAAAGCCGGCGGCGAGUGAGGAGAGGGAGGCGCGAGUCCCCGGCAGGCUCCUCUACCGUUUUGAAAAUGGCAAGGGAGCGGGCUAGGGAAACAGCGGAAGCCGCUUCUGAGGAGUGCAGAACCACACGCAAGGCGCCGCGUGGGCCUCGUUUUUUCCCGGAACUCCGUGGGGGUCAUACAAAUUCGGUCGAAGCUGCGUAACCCCCAAGGAAUUCCGGGAAGAAAAUGCUGCGAGACAACCGGAGCGGCAUCGGGGUCCAGCUUAAAAACAAGCGUAGCCGCGUGCCUUGCGGUAGCCGUGACGACGAAGAAGGGAAGAGGUGGCGCCGAAGCAUGGCGCCCCGCCCGUAGCUAGCGGGGAGGCGGCCUUGGUAUCUAGUGGAACUGUGUAAGGGGUGUGCGUUUGGCUGAGUGCAGGGCUUGGCGCCCGAAGGGUUCUCGGCGGUCGGCAUAGAGCGUCGAGCAGGAAGUAGCAACCUAGUGGAGGGAGCAACGCAGGGCGCCCGAAGGGCGCCCCGCUCUCGAAGGUCUAUUUGGUCCACGAAUGGGACGAAUGGCGAGGUCGAUCGCGGUCACGGAUUGCGCCCCCCCAUCCGUGCCAUUCGUGCCAUUCGAUCCAUGCCAUCCCAGACCUGGGACCCUUAUAAACUGCUCUAUGAUGAUGAUGCUUAGGAAUACAAAUCGGAGGUAAGUUUUCGUUUCGGGCUUUUUCUUUCUUGAUUGUAUCCAUAGUCCUCAUUUUUAGCAUUGAUCUCUUGGGCUUCUUACCUGAGAGCAACUUCCCUAAUAUUAGAAGAACAAGAAGAGACAGCGCAAUCGGAGGCAGAUGAGAAGGGAGAUGAAUCAUUAAGAAGAUCAAGCUUUGCUUUAGAUAGCAAGAGCGCCAACGGUACUUAAUAUUUAUCGCAGCCAUGAUUGAUGAGACAGCUAUUUGUAGUUAUUCCCAUUUGAUUCUACAUAAAUUUGUUGGAACCUUCUCUCUGUGUGCAAUCAUACCGUAAGCCCUAAGACGGGAGGCACACAAACCCACCACAGAUCUUAAUCCAAACCCAUGGUUUAUGGAAAACCUCGUUCUCUUGGUCUAGGUUUCCUAAGGAUUAUCUCAUACUCUAAGAACAAGCCCAAAUAAGAGAAAGAGCACAAGGAACGCAGCUGAGUAUCUUCCAAGAGCGCUGAUGAGAUGCAAGCUUUGUGUAAGGUACUAUGCUGCUUUUGCGUCAAAUAAAGCUUAGUGUUUUAUUCCAUGGUGGAUAUUGAUCCUGAUCCUGCUAUCGUCUUACUUAGUUGCUACGCCUGUCAUUACAACAACAGGAAACCCUUUGUGACGUACGACGAGAGCUAUUUCCUGUGCAACCAGAUACCAGACGAGUACGAUUCAAUGUUAGGGCACGACGAACUUCUACAAAAAAUGCAAUAGUAAUAAUUUAAAUACAUCAAGAUACCAGACGAGUACGAUUCAAUGUCAGAGCACGAUGCACUUCUACUUACUUACAAAAAUGCAAUAGUAAUAUAUGCACGAUUUAUAUCUAUUGCCCCAUCUUGUUCAUGAUGGAAAUGGACAUCUUUUUUGGGACUUGCCUGCUUCUUUGACUUUGAGGUCGUUGUAAGAAACUUUAUAUUUGCAACUUUUUCUAUAAUUCCUCUGCCUCUUUUUACUCUCUUCUAACCUGUGUCCUUCUCCAGAAAAACGCAGAAGGCCAAGAGGGUGCCUUCCGCGCAACCUACGUCAUACGAGAUGCGGCGCAGAUGGUUCCGGAAUUUUAUCUGGAGUUCAAUGUCACCCCAAAAAGCUUUGGGGAGACAGAUGAUACUGUUACGGCUAGUGCUAGACUACUUAUAACUAGUGGUGGUCCAGCACCUUAAAUACCUAUUGUAUUCUCCUCAACAUCUUCAGAGACUUCUGGACAAGAUGGGCCUGUAGUUCUAGUUGUUGAUUUCGCAGGUUCAUGAUAUGAUUGUGAUCGAGUGAGGACCGAGACGAGUAAAAAAUAGCUCAUCGGCUCCAAUGAGUGCAGGCAUUCUUUUUAAUGACGAGAGAAACCACGACACUAUACAAAGUUAUGGAAUUCCAAGAUGAAGAAUUUGGGCCAAGAAGCUCCUCUAACAGUGACGCUGACGACAAGCCAGUACAGUGGUGUACAGGAUGCAAAGAAGGAGAGAAGCAACCAGGUAUCUUGAUUUCCUUCUUCAAAUCGUCAACAUGACCAUAAAAUCCUGAAGCAAGUUUCUGCAUCGAGCAGGGAGACAUCUAAGGAAAAUUUAAGGGUAGGCUAAAGGUGUUUUCCUUACCGCUUUUUAUGCCUCUCUCCCUUAGGAUGAGAAAGGCAUAACAAGCGGGGUAAGCGAGCACCAAAAACCUACCUCUAAAAAAUCACUCUCCAGCAAUUUUCUGCAUAGAGGAAGACGGGUGGAUGUUCUGUCAAAAGUGCUUAGACGAACUCUUCGAAAAAUUGCCGAUGAUGAAAGAACAAAGGACUGUCGUGUAUAAUUUACUUUUUUUUCCUGGCAUGUUGUUUGAAAGAAUCUCAAUAUGAUAAACAAUGUUUAUUAAACAUGCUACUGGCUUUAAAGUUAUUAAACAUGCUACUUUUCCUUCGUGUAGUAAACUAGGAUCUAGUGUAGUACACUAGGAUCGUGAUGUACAUCAAAUUCAAAAAUACCAGAGGUACUUGCCAACAUCGAAUUAGUUAUCCUAUACCUUCAGGGCACUUGCCGAUAUGAAGCCAACGUUCGCCCACUGCGCAGUACACGGGGAUAGAAAGGCCGAGUGGUGGUGUGUGGACUGCAAGAAGGCUCUUUGUGUCGCAUGCAAAGUAAGCGGGAGUCAUUCAAAAGGUACUCUGCUCAAGAGCUUUUGUACUGUCUCUAAUUCAUUGACAUUGUAUAUGUAUUAACUUCCUUUUUAUGGUGGUGAUGACUCCUCGAGGAAUCUUCAAUACUAUUACAAUUACAACCGAUGGUGUAGUACUAGUACUUGUAAUUAUACUAGACUUCUACUUUUCACAUACUCCUACACCUUCUCCUUCUGACUGCCAUUGACGUUUCAUUUUGAGACGAAUACUCCCCACUGACCCCUGAACUUUAUGCGCGUUUUUUGGCUAACAGCCAAAUUUCUACGUUCGCUUUUGGCAUAGUGUUACUCCAUACUUCUGCCUACCAAUCACGUGAUAUUAGCCACUUCAUCCCUCUCAGGGCGUGCAGCGACGCAUAGACUGAUGCAUAUCAGAGAGAAAUACGAGGAGGUGAAGGAUGCCAUGUCAGUGUGUCCACAAGAUUAUGAAAGGGUUGGCCGCAUGUGAAGAAAGGAUUCACAUUUCAUAUCUUGACUCACAAGUAAAUUUGACUUGACUCACAAGUAACUUUGAUUAAGAUUGUACGGUUCUGGUAUUUGGUAAGCUGAGUUUGAUCCUAAGGGUUCUCUUCUUGUUUUCCCUUAUGAUCGAACUCAGGUUACCAAAUACCAGAACACUUCAAAGAUAUGAAAAAAGAAUGAAGUUUCAGCACCCUCAUCUCCUCCUUCUUACAGCAGUACUUCUCUAACUUCUAGUCCAAGACGCGAGAUGUUUGCUUCACGACCAGAUGGACAUGAUCGAGAAGAGAUCCCAGCAAGUCGAAGACAACAUUUCGCAACUUCUGCAGGAUGCGCAAAAGAAAGCAGAAGAAUUGGAAUUAUGUCCUCCCGUUGCUUUCUCCUUUUUCUCUCUCUCUUCACUCCUCCUUUUCUGUCUGCUGCACACCCUCUCCUUCCUCUUCCUCUUCCUUCCUUUUCCUGUGUUUCUGCCCGUGCACUGAGGCUUGCCUCCUCUUCAGUAGACUACCUUUCUUCUUCAUUUCUCUCUUCCUUUCCCUUUCUCCUUUCUCUUUCUCACUCAUAAUUCCAAUUCUUCCGAUUUCAAGAAUUGGAAUUAUGAGAAUUUGUGAAAAGAAGUGCGAGUGAUAGAGGUAGUGGAGACUGAUUAUAUAUAAAUUGAUCAUGAAAUCGUUGACAUUUAGUUUUAGAUGGAGGGUCUUGCUCGUAUUGAGGUUAGUCAUUUGGAUGUGACACACUGUGCCCUUUUAUUUUAAUACAUCUUCUAAGAAAAAGACAAAUCCGAGUGUUGGGAGCAAAGAAACUCGAUAGUCUGAGGAGUCGAAAACAUCUAGCAGAGCGGAACCUAAAGCAAAUCGACUGGGCAAGCAAUUUUGUACGAUUCUUUUGAUAUAUUUAGUAGUUGUAACAACUACUAAAUUUGUAGAAGUUGACAAGAGUAGAGAUGAAGAUACAACUUGUAUCUUCAUCGACAUCGUCCUCUUGGUUCAGAUACUGUUUCAUCUUCUGAGAUAAAUUUUUGGGCAUGAUGAUUGAUGAUUGCACUCAAGAACAAGGACAACAAAGCCUCAGAGAAAUGCAUCACCAUGUCUCCAACAAGAUAAUAACUUAACUGUAACUGACUAAAAAUUCAUCUCCACCUUCUACCUCAGGCCGACUACAUCACCGACCAUACGGUGAUGCCCGCCGAGGUUUUUCUUCAGUCAGCUCCCUUUCACGAGAAACUCAUCGAGUCCUUGGUGGAAAACGUCGUCUCCGUAGAUGAGGAACAGUACCUCGAAAAAGCCGAUCUCCAACUCGAAGGACAUCUCAGCGUCAUCAUUGUUAUGGGCAGGGUUAGCUCUUGGAUUUUUUUCGUUUUGUUAGCUCUUGGAGAUCUGGAUUACCUCUACUUGGAGAUCUAUUAGUAUUUUUCUGGAUUACCUCUACUUGGAGAUCUAUUACAGAGUAGUUUAUAGCACGCAUGGUGCAUGGAGUAGCAUGGAGUGCAUGGAGCGCAGAGCUUUAAGGGGCGCAAGAAGCUCCCCCUUUAGCUCCAUGCUACUCCAUGUGAUCCAUGCGCUCCAUGUCGUGCGAGCUGUGAAACCUUCACAAUUGCUCUGCUAUUAGUAUUCUUUUGGAUUACCUCUACUUGGAGACCUGGAUUACCUCUACUUGGAAUUUUUCUAGUUUGAGUUUUAGUAUUUCUCGCCUCGUCCUGACCUUCUAAUGCCAAGACGCAAGAAAAGAGUCAAUCGCCUGUACGAGCACGUGGGGGACUCAUGUCAAGAUUCGGAGCAGCUGCGAAAAAACCAAACAGAACAAUAGCUGUUAUGAUGAAGUUCAUUUCUCUUUGCUCGUCCAUCACGCGCGUCUGGCUCCGGCCCACGCGGCGUGGGCAACGUCGUUCCCUCAUAUCGUCCACGGACGUAGAGGUGCGGCAGUAGCAGCUGCGGGGACCUCUGUGCCCUGUGGGGGCAAUCUGAUUGAUUGACUGCUUGACUUUGCUUGUCACGUACAUUCUUGACAACCAGAAGCGUGAGUCAUGAUCUAAGUACUUGUGCACAACAAGAACAACUACCAUAUCCAUAAAUGAAUCUCUAAUCAAGCUCCUGCCCUCGCAGCUUCAGCCGCAAGUCCCGAGUCAUCGGUGGAGGAACCAAGACGACCAUCCGGUGGCGCAGAGACAAGCUUCGUACCAAAGAGUGUGGCCAAGAAACUGUCUAGUGUUUCCCUGAAGGGCAUGAAACCAGGAGUCUUCGGACCUGGGGACGAAAUUGAUAUGGGCGUGCCUAACUAAGUAGUUUUGAUGUGGCAGGAAGAAACUUAGAGAGAACAACGAUAAAUCUAGGAGUCAUGAUGUGAUAAUUCUUAUUCUUAUUGACUCAUCAGAUUCAGAUCACGUACACGUACCAAAGGCAAAGCGUGUCGUAAAAGAAAAGAAAUCAGAUACAAAUUGCGGCAACACUUCUAACAUUCAAAAUCAUUCACAUAAUCGGAGCUGUGAAUCUGCUCAACCGUGAAUAGACACAAAUAACAAGAAGGAACCAAUAGAACCAGAAUGCGAGUAGAAAUGACCAACAGCUUCUGACGCUGAUUUGCAUUUUUUACUACUUUUUUGUCUUUUUAAAAAUCAUUCAGCACAUCCCUUCGUUGAACAACUAAAUUUUUCCUCUCGACGUACCAGUUGUACCUACCUAACGUACAAGCUCCAGUAACUACGAGUAAGAAAUAUCGUCCGAAAUUAACAACAAACACAAACAGGAGUUUGUUCCUAACUCACGAGCCGUCUCCGCCAUCUAAAUCUCAUUGCCUCCACGUCUUUGUACGAUAAUUUUUACCUGGUAGAAGCUUUGACAAAUACAUAAGGUGUAAAUUUUGUCAUUGUAAGUGAAGAGCCUGCACGAGCAACCACACGACAUUUUCAUAAUUAUAGUUGCAUGAACAAGCGGAAGCGGGCACGAACAGAGAUGGGGUACAUAUUCACAAAGCAGACCGCCCAAUGCUGGCACCAUUGUUCAUAUUUUGUAUUUUUCAUUGACCUGAUACUGAUCGAUAGCCUAAAGUUUUUGUGGAUAUUUUUGUUGCACAGUAAGAGACACACAGACAGCGGAUGACAAACUAACGAACAUGGAGGAAAUGAAGGUUCGUAAUAUUAAUGAGCUACAUGGCUCAUUACAUGCGAGACAGAGCCGCAUUUGAGGUGAUAACAUAAAAAAGGCAUGAAUCAUGGCAGUAGACGUAACAUGUACUACACUAUACAUAUAGGACUUGCAGGAAGACGGCGAC